UGCUUUUUAGCCGCGCCGCGGAGAGUUACGUGUUGUGGGUUACGCGGGUUUCGCCGGUUUUGUGGGCUGGUUAACAAGUGAUAUUUCAUCAAUUGGGUUUUUGGCGGCACUCAACAUGCACGUCAAAUCGCCACUGAUCACCGUCAUCUCUCUCCUCUUCAUCGCUGUUAGCCUUCGUCCAUCGUUGGGGGCGGUGAUCGGACGGGCUGAGGAGGGUAAUAAAACAGCGUGGGAACUAACGGAAGCCCUAUAUGGUACUUCAGGGCUCCGGACUUUCAAUGGCACCUGGAUAACAGAUGAGGAGUUCUACUACACAGCUUCAGACAGAUCUAUACACAAGUUUAAUGCGGCCACUAAGACAGACGUGAUCUUCCAAAACUCUUCAUUUCUGAACAACUAUGUGGGGGCCACCUUUUCACUGUCGCCCGAUAACACGAAGAUCCUGAUUCGGCACAACCUCACGGAGAAGUUUCGACACUCCUAUAUAGCGCAGUACGAUGUAUAUGAUAUUGAGAGCAAUACUAGCGUUCAGAUCCACAAGGGCGAGAAGCUGCAGUAUUGUGGAUGGUCGCCGCUGCGGGAUCGAUUGGCCUACGUCUAUCUGAACAAUGUGUAUAUUCACUUCAGCGAGGAUUCGGAGAUUAGCAUCACGGACGAUGGGGUGGACGGAGUGGUAUAUAAUGGAGUUCCCGACUGGGUCUACGAAGAGGAGGUCCUGAGCAGUGGAAGUGCCCUGUGGUGGUCGGCGGAUGGAACCAAGCUGGCGGUGGGUUUCUUCGAUGACACCGAUGUGGAGACCUUUAACUACUUCCUGUACGGUGACGGGGCAACCGAGUUCUAUCAGUAUCCGCAUGAGGAGCAUCUCAAGUACCCCAAAUCGGGCUCCAAAAACCCGCUGGUGAGCCUACGAGUCUACGACGUUACCGACAAUGAACCCACCAUGCAGCGCAUAGUGGCUCCCGUUGAAAUCGUUGGCACCGAUCACAUCCUGCAGAACGUUGUCUGGUCCAAUGAGACGCACCUGCUCAUAACCUGGAUGAAUCGUCGCCAGAACCUCGCCUCAAUUCAGAGCUGCAGCCACCAGGGCGUCUGUGCGGAGGUGAAGCGGCUGGAGGAGCCCCUCGGCUGGGUGGAUAUAAGCACGCCCAAGUGCUUCAGCACAGGCAAGAGCUGUAUCUUUGGUUACUAUAUAGACAACUGGUACCAGGUGUGGAACCUAGACCUCGAGACAGGGCUCAACAGUUGGCAGUCGCGCGGUAAUUUCACAGUUUUAUCCGUCUAUGGAUAUGAUGAAGCCAGGGAUAAGCUUUACUACCAGGCCACCCAGCCCGGAAAUCCCUCGGUGUACCAUGUGUUCAGCAAUGACGAGUGCCUCAGUUGCGAUCAAAUUGAUGUAGACGGUGAAGCCUGUCGCUCUGCAUCGGCUACCUUCAGCAAGUCUUUCUCAUACUACACACUCUCGUGCAAUGGACCCAAUCCUUCCUAUACGAGGAUCUUUGAGGCCAGCACAAAAACGAUGCAGGUCGACUGGGAGCCAAAUACUGCGUACCGCCAGCAAUUGCAGCUGAAAUUGCGCCCCACCUAUCGUUUCUUGAACGUAACCCUGGCCGAUGGAAGUAUUGGAGUGGCCAAGCUCGCCCUGCCGCCCAAUUUCGAUGAGGCCAAGAAGUAUCCGCUGAUCGUGGUGGUGUACCAGGGUCCCAACUCGGUGCGGGUAACAAAUGGGUUUACCCUGGGCUAUGAGGCCUUUGUCACAACAUCCCGGGAGACUAUCUACGCUUAUAUCGAUGGCAGGGGUACGGGAAACAAGGGCAAGGACCUGCUCUUCUCGGUCAACAAUAAUCUGGGCGAACACGAGGUCGAGGAUCAACUGUUUGUCACUCGCUGGAUGCAACUCAAUCUGCCCUAUGUGGAUGCCGAGCGUUGCGGCAUCUGGGGAUGGAGCUAUGGAGGCUAUAUGACGGCCAAAACUAUCGAGAAGGAUAACGAUCGUGUCUUCCAAUGCGGAGUUUCAGUGGCUCCAGUAACUUCUUGGCUGUAUUAUGAUACCAUUUACACCGAGCGCUAUAUGGGACUUCCAACGGAGGAGGAUAACUUGGAGAAAUACAACGAGAGCAGCGUUUUCCUGGACUUGGAAAACUUUAAAACCCAUGACUUCCUCUUGAUUCAUGGCUCCGGAGACGAUAAUGUUCACUACCAGCAUUCUCUAUUGCUCGCCAAAUUGCUGCAAAAAAAGGAUAUUCAAUUCGAGGAGCAGACUUACACCGAUGAGAACCACGGAAUCGGUAAUGCUCUGCCGCAUUUGUACCACACCAUUGAUGCCUUCUGGAUCAACUGCCUAAACCUAGAUGUCUACGAAGACGCAGUAUAGU